AUGGAUGCUGCGAAGGCUCAAGAGUCGUCGCUGACGGCUCGAGAACUGGCCUCUUUUGACGGCAUCGAGGAUGGAGGUAACUACAAUGAUGUCGGUUUCCUCGAUAAAGGUUAUACCGCCAAAGAUCAAAAGGAUAUGCAACGUAUGGGCAAGCGUCAAGAGUUGAUCCGCAAUUUCCGUCCGAUUUCUGCUUUGGCCUUCACUGCUUUGCUGCAAGCGACGUGGGAAUUUCUUCUGAUCGCAAACACCCAAGUGCUGGUAUGUGGCGGCCUGGCUGGUUUCUUCUGGACCUAUGUCUGGACGUUCUUCGGGUUCGGCAUUGUCAUGACAUCUCUUGCGGAAAUGGCUUCGAUGUGCCCGACGAGUGGAGGCCAAUAUCACUGGGUGUCCGAGUUUGCUCCCCCUCAAUAUCAGAAGGGUCUAAGCUACCUUACGGGAUGGAUGUCCACCUUGUCGUGGCAGGCGGGUACAGCUUCAGGGUCGUUUCUGACGGGCACUAUCAUCCAAGCACUCAUUCAGAUCAACAACCCCGACUACGAACCGACAGCAUGGCAAGGUACUUUGUUGGUUUUCGCCAUGGUUCUUGUGCUCUGGAUUGCCAACACCUGGGGUGCUCGUGACUUGCCACUGAUCCAGAACGUUCUUCUGAUCGUCCACGUCUUUGCCUUCUUGGCGACCAUUAUUGUCCUCUGGGUCAUGGCGCCUCGAAACUCGGCCAAGGUUGCCUUCACCCAGUUCACCAAUGAAGGCGGAUGGUCCAGCAUGGGUCUCGCCUUGAUGGUCGGCCAAAUCUCCGCCAUCUACGGCUCCCUCUGCUCCGACUGCACCGCUCAUAUGGCCGAAGAAGUCAAGGACGCCGGGCGGAACGUCCCCAACGCCAUGUUCUGGGCUUAUGUCUCGAACGGCAUCCUCGGCUUCGUCCUGAUCAUCACCUACAAUUUCACCAUGACUGACGUUGACGCCGCCCUCGACGACCCCACGGAAUAUCCCUUCAUCUGGCUGUUCCGUCAAGCCGUGUCUACCGGCGGCGUUAACGCACUGACCAUCAUCAUCCUCAUCCUGGUCAUUGCAUCCAACAUCUCGUUCAAUGCCUCGACCUCGAGACAGACCUUCGCCUUUGCGCGUGACAAGGGCCUGCCGUUCUCCAACUGGAUCGGCGCCGUCAACCCCAAGCUCCAUAUCCCUGCCAACGCCGUGGCCGUGACCUGUAUCUGCAGUUGUCUUCUGGCGCUCAUCAACAUUGGCAGCGCGACGGCCUUCAACGCCAUCAUCUCCCUGCAGGUCUGUGCGCUGAUGUUCAGCUACACCAUCUCAAUCUCCUGCGUCCUGUUCCGCCGCGUCUACCACCCCGAACUCCUCCCCAAGGCACGCUGGAGCUUGGGCAAGUGGGGAGUGCCCAUCAACGCCGUGGGAAUCGUCUACUCGAUCUUCGCCUUCUUCUGGAGUUUCUGGCCCAACGAGACCCCCGUCGACGCCAACUCCUUCAAUUGGGCCAUUGUCCUGUUCUUCGGCACCAUGAUUAUCUGCGGGACUUUGUACGCCAUCCGCGGCAGGAAAGUCUACACUGGUCCGGUCAUGACUGUCGAACGUGGAAACUGA